CGGGAGCGCUGCCGCCCGUGGGGCUCCGCGGGGCGCGCCGGGCGCUCGGCCGUUGCUCGCUCUGACCUGGUUUGUCUGUUCCCCGUCCUUUCAGCCGGCGACCCGGCCAGUGCGGUGCGGUGAGGCCACGGGGCAGCGGGACGCCGGGCUGCAGCCGGGGCGUGGCGGGAGGAUGAGCGGCACCGGCGCCAGGGCCAGCCACCGCACGCAGCCGGUGGUCAAGAGCGUGCUGGUGUACCGCAACGGGGACCCCUUCUUCGCGGGCCGCCGCGUCGUCAUCCACGAGAAGAAGGUCUCCAGCUUCGACGUCUUCCUGAAGGAGGUGACGGGCGGCGUGCAGGCGCCCUUUGGGGCCGUCAGGAACCUGUACACCCCGCGGACCGGGCACCGCAUCCGCAAGCUCGACCAGAUCCAGAGCGGGGGCAACUACGUGGCCGGGGGCCAGGAGGCCUUCAAGAAGCUCAAUUACUUGGACAUUGGAGACAUCAAGAAAAGACCAAUGGAAAUUGUUAACACAGAGGUAAAACCAGUAAUCCACAGCAGGAUCAACGUGUCAGCUCGAUUUAGAAAACCACUUCAGGAACCCUGUACUAUCUUCUUGAUUGCAAAUGGAGACCUCAUAAGCCCAGCAUCUCGCCUCCUCAUCCCUAGAAAAGCUUUGAACCAGUGGGAUCAUGUGCUACAGAUGGUCACGGAAAAAAUAACUCUGAGGAGUGGGGCUGUUCACAGACUUUAUACUUUAGAAGGAAAACUGGUUGAAAGUGGGACAGAGUUGGAGAAUGGACAGUUUUAUGUGGCUGUUGGCAGAGAUAAGUUUAAGAAAUUGCCUUACAGUGAAUUACUUUUUGACAAGUCAACCAUGAGAAGGUCUUACGGUCAGAAAGCUUCUUCCCUGCCUCCUAUUGUGGGAUCCAGAAAGUGUAAAGGGAGUGGAAAUGAUCGCCAAUCUAAGUCAACUGUGGGAUCCAGUGACAACUCAUCUCCUCAGCCCCCAAAGAGGAAAGGGAAAAAAGAGGAUGUGAAUUUAGAAAAACCCACAAAAGGAAAACAAAAUCUAAAGUUAAAGAACUCACCACAACCAAUUCCAGACAGUGAUGAAGGCAUUUUCAAAGCUGGAGAAGAAAGAUCUGAAACUCGGGGGGCAGCAGAAGUCCAAGAAGAUGAAGACACUCAGGUUGAGAUUCCGGUUGAUCAGAGGCCAGCAGAAAUUGUAGAUGAGGAAGAAGACGGAGAGAAGGAAAGCAAGGAUGCAGAAGAGAAAGAAGAGUUUUCAGGAAUGAAUGGUGAAGUUGAAGAGGAAGGAGCUGGGGAGGCUACAGCUGCUUCCGAGCAAGCAGAGGAGAUGCCGGGGCACAAGGAGGAGCAGGGAAGAACCACUCGUGCUAAUGGAGGCACUGAUGAAGAAAAUGGUGAGGAAAUGGAUCCUGUCAGUAACGAGCUUCAGGAGGCAGUGGAUGAGGAAACAAAGUCUCAAGGAGCUGGCAGUGAACAAGAGGAGGUUGACUUAGACCCUCAAAGACCACCAAGGCCAGAAGUAAAGAUCACUGGUCCACAGGAAAAUGAGGACAAUGAACAAAACAAAGACUAUGCUGUCGUAGCAUAGAUGAUUUUUAAAAAGAGAGCGUAUUGAUUAUAAGAAAAAUGAAGGGCUAUAAUACUUGAAUAAUAAGGAUAUAGUCCUUGCUAAACAUGAUGUGACAAUAUGGUUGAAAACUACCUACUGAAUUUUUAAAAUUAGAGAUUUAUUGGAAAGACCAGAUAACUUUGAAUAGCUACUAAAGGAGAGUGACUUCUCAUUAUGGGAUGUGUUUUUAGAAGUCAUUUAGAAAAUUAAGAGAUCUAGAUGGAGGAGAAUUUGACCUGGAAGACAGUUGGGUACUUGUUUUUGUAAAGGAUGAAAAAGAAUGGAAUUACUCCUAUUGUAUACUUUUUAAAAAAUUUAGAAGUGAGAUUAUUAGAUGGCAGCCUAUGAGAAAGCACUUAUCUAAAAAGGCAUAGAAUUUUAAAUGAUAAUAAGAAAGCAGCUUAACAAUAACCCACAACUGUCGGAGGAAAGCAUGUACUAUUUUUAAAGCAAUAAACUAUUGAAUAAACAAUUUAUAAUUUAGUUUCAGAGAUAAUUUGGAAAAUGGCAGAUUAAAGUGUUUCCAUGACUGUUGUAUUCCAUUCUUUCUUCCUCCUUAGCCAAAAUCCACCUUAAAAGAAUUAAAAAGAAGGCAAGAUACUCAUUUUGGAAGGAGGAAGUAUUCAUUCAGUGUAUUAGUGAUUAAUAUUGUUCCUCCCUUAAGAGCUUCAGGUUUUAAUCCUUGUGGCUUUCAUAACACAUAACUCAGGAAGGAAUUAUAAAAGAACAUCCAGUUAUAGAACUGAGCCUAGAUUGAUGGUUUGCAAAUUCUGGCAUUCUAUGGAUUUUCAGUGACCCAAUCUACCUUUACCAAUAAUAUACCUCUAUUCUUCCUCAUGUUAGGGAACUCAAUAUUGGCUGUUCCAAAGAUUGGAUUUGCUCCCAUUUUAUACAAAAGGAAAAUGUAGGCUUAUGAAGAAUCUGUCACUGCUCAAUUUCACUUGCUUUUUGCCUUAUUUCUAUUAGGACUGCCUUGUCAUAUUUUGUCCCUAAGGGUAUCAGAAAUAUUUAUUUUCAAGCCAGUUAAAUUUAGACUUUCUAGAAGAUUCCUUUCUGUAUAAUUAGAAGUUAUCUGAUAGAAAUUGUUGAAAAAAAGUUUUAAAAUUAUCAUAAUGAAACCAGUUCCGAUUACUAGUUUAUGGACUGAUUAUAUUUACUCACAAUUGCCUUGUUAGGUAUAUAUGGAGAAAAGCAUAGUUGUAUUAGUUUGUUUUUUAAUUCUCAAGAGAUAAGGCAGUUUUUCCUUAAAUAUAGAAUUAAUAUAUUUUUGUAAUAUUAAAGAAUAUUUUUGUUAUGUAGAAAUUAUAAAUUUGAAAUUUAAAUUGCUAGUGCUUUCAUAUAAUUCAUUAUCAAUCAUAAAUUUAAAAUAUUUUCCCUGCCAGAUUAUAUAACAAACCAUUUGGAGUCAGAGUAGUUAUAUAAAGUACUGAAUAAUGCUAUAGAAAAUGGAUGUAUUUUUUCUAGCAGCUAUUUUAAUACUUUCCACAAAUAGGAAGUAGAAGGAGAUACCAUAAUGUGUGUAACAGUAUUGGAAAGAGACAAUGAUAUAAGAGUAUAUUAAUCUGGGAAAAUAAAUUAUAAAUGGGGCACUAUAUUUCUAGUUUAAAAUCUAGACUGUGCUGUCUACUAAUAGGUAUAUUUUUCAGAUGGGACAAUAACAGCACCAUAGGCUACACGCAAUAAUCUUGUGCUGCUAGGGAAAUGGACUACGUGUUUUUUUAAUGUUAAAUUCCCAUACUAAUACUGGGCCUGGGGUUAAUUAUUUUAAGUCAUUUAUGAAAAUAAUAGAUUAAAUAUAAUAAAUUAUAACUAAUUGUCAAGGUUAUUCCUUCUCUUUUCUUUAAUGAGUUUUUUCUUUCUCUUUUCUUUUUUUAAUAUCAAUAUUCUGUGUCUCUUUUUUUUCCUUUCCAUCAUACUAUAAAGCUUAGAUUUGCAGGAACCUUUUAGAAUCAUCUUAAUGGAAAACAAUGUUAUUUUACAUUAAAACCCAAGUUUGGCAUUUUAAAUAUAUUUCAAGAAGGUGAUAGUCCACAAUAACUGGAGAAAAAAAUUGAAAAGUGGGGAUGUGGUACUUCUCUUGUAUAUGCGUAUAUACUAGAGGGGAUGAACAAUUAAUCACUUUUAAAAAAAGAUUGAAAUAUGCUGUCUAACCAUGGAAGAAAUCAUUCACAGAGAAUGAAAAUUGUGGACACGAUUUUGGAGGUGACUUUAACAUAAAUAAUGAAAGUUAAUUCACCUUCCAAAUGUGGAAAUUUGUGUGUGUGUGUGGGUAUGGUGCUCUCGGUGGCCUCAGAGUAGCUCCACAAAUUGAGCCACUGACAGAUUUGAGGCCAUUAUGCGAGUGAGCAAUAGAGAUGUUUGUUUGGCUUUGGGUAUUGUUUUAUAGAGAGAGGGUGCUAUGAAUAUUCAUAUAGCUUUUAUGUGAUAACCAAUAAAAGGCUUUAAGAUAUUUGUUUUUAAUGAUAGAUUUGUUUUAAUUUUAUGGAACUCUUAUUAAUCUUAAUUUGGUUUAUGACAUUCGUAAACAAGUGGUUUGUUGGUUGAAUUGGAACAUUAGGAGUUCUUCAGAUUAAAUAAAGGAGAUGUUAACUGAAAUCAUUUUCAUAGUAAGGAUGUUUCACCUGUUUUAGGGUCUGUUAAAAUAACUAUUGAGAAUUCAUGGCCUUCUAGUUAUAAAACAUGGUACUAUGACCAUAAGGUAAUUUUGUUACUCAUUUUUUUUCCUGUGGCCAUAGGGUCACUUUUUAUUUAUUAAAAACAAAGUUUAUGACUUUAAACAUUUAGUUAAAUUUAUUAAAACAUUUUUGGUUAUGCUUUUGGGGAAUAUUUUAAUGCCACACUCAUAUGAUACUCCAUGCAUUCUGUCUAAUUCUGAGUGCUAGUUCCUGCUCUCGUCUAUAAAAGACAGAACUAGCCCAUACAUGUGUGUGUGGCUUGCAGUCAGCUCUCUCUGCAGGCUCACAGUUGUGAAGCCAUACUAAUAUAAAGUUAUUCCUACUGAUUCUUCCAACUUAUAGCUCAUAGGCCAGUAUCCUAGAAAAUUUCACUAAAUGACCUAUGCUCUUCACAAACGAUGAAGUUAAUUCAUCCAGGAAACAUUUGUGUUUUUAAAUUGUGGCUGCAGAACAACAGGAGGACAUUUCAUCUUAUUUACUGACUCUUCUACAGAAUUAGCUCUAUAUGUUCAUUAUUUUUUUUUUUGCUCAGUAUAUAGCAAAAACAAAAUUUCAGAAAGUUGAAUAGAUUAGUUGCUAAACAGAAAGCAUGACAUCUGAACUUGUGCCAAUCUGAAUAGAAAUAGACUGUAUAGAUACACACAUAUAAAUAACACGUACUUGUACAGACGCACUCACACACUUUAAAAUAUUGCAAAGGCCUCUUCAGGCACAGCGUUGUCAAUAGAGGAAGUCUCUUUUGAGAGAAGCAAUGCAUACAAACACAUGCGGAAGAAAUGCUAAGAAAUGACGUAUAUCAUGGUGCUUUAAGACUUGGUUCACAAAGACUUUCAGAGAUAUGAAGAUCUUCUCAAAAUAAGAAAGUUAUCAGCGUUUUACUGAAAAAUUUAUUCCAAGGGAGGACUAAGUAGAUAUAUAGUCCCAUUUUCCUGAAAUAACUGCAGCAUAUAGUUCUUUACUUAUUUUGUCAUCACUUUUAUGUACCAUACACAUUAGGCACAGAAUGUUUCAUACCAACACAGGUUCUGUCAGAAGGUAAUUACUGCUUGUGUGUGAUUUACAUAAAUGUAUAGAGGACUCUUUGCUAACAAGCAGCCAGUUCAUUACAAAUAGAACACAACUAGACCACUGGCUGUCUAGUGUUGAAGUUCAGAGCAGAAGCUUUGUAGCUUCCUUGUGUACAUGUGGUGUCCUAGAAUAGACCCAUUUUUUUUAAAAAAAAGGUUAGUCUAUUUAUUUAGUUUUUGUUAUUAAUAUCAUAUUUUUUUGGUAAAUACAAUAAGAUUUUUGCUUUGCAGAAAAUAUCCUGAUAUAUAGAUGGGUCUGAUUUUUGUCCUUACCACAUGAAAUUAGUAUAUUUCCUACCAUGAAGUCUAAGUGACUUGGAUGGAUAAUGAAAGUGUGUCCCCACAAGUUGAUAAGGAAGGAAAAUACUGUUCAUGAAGAAGUAUACCAUCCUGUACAAUGUGUGGACUCAGGACAGACUUUUAAAAUGUCUGGAUAACCAUAAAGCAUCUAUCAAAUCAGGAGGUAAUUAAUGGAGCUAGUUUCAUUGAUUCAACUUAGCUUAAAUCCAUGACUAGUACCAAAUGAAUUAUCUGUAGUUUCAUCAGCUUAAACCACAUAGUAUAAUUGAGUGUUUGAGUUGUGUCACAAAUGUAAUGGCAUAUGAGAAAAGGGAAUGCCUAUAGUCAAUUUUAGAAGAAGUUUGGAGAAAAUCUAGUCUGUGUUUUUGCUUCAAUGUUUUUCUUGUGCUUUAAAUCUUUAAUAUGUACAAUGAUAAUGGGUGAUUAUCAAUGUAAGUAAAGAUUAAGUUGAGCUCAUGGUUUUAUAUGAUUUAUCUUUAGAAUUUCUCUUUGUAAAGAAACCUGUUGGUUUUGAUCAAGUUAUGAGCAUUUAGGUUUUUACUUCUAUGUCAGUGCUCACUCUAAACCAUUAAAGUUCAUUGUAUAAGUAAAUAUAUCUGUGUUUUUAAAAUUUAAUGUUUCUGGAUGGUAUAUUGUUUAUGAUGUGUUGCUAAUAGUUAAUGUAUUAAUUCUUUGUAUGACAUUUUUCACAAAUGCUAUAGAAACUUUUUGAUUUAAACCAUGUAGAGAUUUAGCAAUUAAAAGAUUAUUCUGUUUCUAUUUGGCAUGGAUAUUAAACUUCAUUAUAUAAAGAAAGCAAUUUGUAUAUCUUCAUAUACAUGUUUACUUGGUAAACAUUUUAGAUAUAUAUUUAAAAAUCAUUGGUUUUUCUUUUAUGAAAUGGCAUUAGAGUGACACAGGUCCAGAAAUUCUGUUAUAAUAAAUAUAUCUUUAAAAACAAAGAAUAACUUAUACACAUUACACAUUAUAUAUAGAUAGCUAUAGGAAUAAAUUUACAAUUUAUGAAGAUAUUGGCUAAAAUUCUGCUUCAGUUUGUGGAAUAUUCAUUGCUUUCAUUCCAUUGAAUUAAACUAGUUUUGAUUUUCCCCCCUUCAUGUUUGAGAAACAAAAGCCAUUAAAUACAAGUUUUUUGCCGUUAAAUACAAGUUUUUUGAUAUGUAAUAACAAAAUAAUUGUGAUUUAGGAUACUAACUAAAGAGAAGACACUACUGUACCUCUCGUGCAGUUGACCUUCCUGUGUUUGUUAAAUAAGACUGAAAAAGCAAACCUCCACAGUGAAGGAGGCAUCUAUAUUGCCAAAGUCAUAUCUCUUUAGACUGUGUGGCUAAUCAACAUUAGACACUUCCCAUAAUCAACAAUGACGGUAUUGGAAUUUCUCCAAGGUAUGGUAAAAUAGCUAGCAUGCAUUGGUUAUAAAAUUCUUGCUUAUGAAAAUAAACAUAUAGUUUUGCAGGUUUCCAAGUGUUUCUUUUCCCCCUAAUGGGACUUUAAUCUGUUGACUCAUUGCACAGGUCUCUCAAAUGCCAACACAAACUCAUCUUCCAUUAAAGAGACAAAUGAGGCAAGAAUGGCCUGCACUUCAAAUGCAUUUGUUUAGUAAUAACAAAGUUGGCUUAAAAAACAAACAAACACCCCCCCACACACACACACACAAAAGACCAAUAAGGCAUCUCCCCUUGACUUCAUUGUAUUUGUUCUUUUUGGCUAUAGCCCUCUCCCAUCUCCAUGAGCAAUCUCAAACACAGUUGUAAUCUUAACAACUACCUACAUGCUCAUGACUCUGAAAUCUGGGCCAAACUUCUCUUCCCUGACCGCUCCAGACCUGGGUAUAUAAAUCUCAGUUGGAUAUUCCUUAGUUACCUCAAACUCAAAUGUUUUAUUUUUUGAUAAUAUGUUUCUAUUCUUACAUUAGAAUAGAAACAUAUAAGAAUAGAAACAUGUCCUGGUUAAUGGUGCAUCUUACUGCUCAGCUAGAAACCUGGGAGUCAUCUUAAAGUAUUGCCAUUCUCUCUAUGUCAAAUUAGUCAUUAAGUUUUAUGUUGUUUAUUUAUGUAGCACUUAGAAAUGUUAUUUCAUUGUUUAUUAAUAGGCAUUUCCCUCAUCUUGUCUUUUUGCCUGAGGGUUUUUCAUUUAUUCACAUGCUUACCUCAUUUUUCUACUAGGUUUUGGGCUUUUUGUUAUGCUUUGAAGAGCUUUUUAUAUAUCCUUCAUAACCGUAGCUGGUUAUGUGCUUUACCAAUAUCUCUAUCAGCUUAUGGGUUUACCUUGUUUGCUUUUCUAAAAAUGAUAUUAGCCUAGAGAAAUGUUUUCAUAUUGAUGUAGUCAAAUAUAUUAAUCUUUUUAUAAUUUGGGGGGUUUUUGGAGUUUACUUAAAAAAUUUGUCUGAAUCUCAAUGUCAAUUAUAUUCUGUAGUACUUUCUAAUUUUUUUAAAAGUUUUGCUUUUCACAUUUAGGACUUUAUCUGUCCAGGCUGGUAUUUUUGUGUGCACUAGAGUUAGGGGCCUAAUUUUCUUAUACUUUUUCAUAUGGAUAACAAAAUAUCUUAGCACUAUUUAUUGAACAUGCUGUUUUUUCCCCCCCAUUGAUUUGUAGUCAGAAAUAAAUUUUCAUUUGUAUUUGGGGAAGUUCUUGACUCAAGAUUGGAGGAGAUUCCUAUUAUGGACUGAAUUGUGUCCCCCCAAAUUUUUAUGUUGAAUUACCCAAUCCCCCAUGUAACUAUAUUUGGGGACAGGGCCUUUGUGGAGGCAAUUACGGGUAAAUGAGGUCAUAAGGGUGGAGCCCUAAUUCUACAGGACUCAUGUCUUUAUAAGAAGAGGAAGAGACACCCAAGCUCAUGGAGGAAAGGCCAUGUGAGGACACAGCCAAAAGACAUCCAUCCAUAAGCCAGGAAGAGAGACAUCACCAGACACUGAAUCUGCCAGCACCUGAUUAUGGACUCCUACCUCCA